AUGGCAGGCCAACUGGUAGGAUGGCUGCAGGUUGUCGUGGCUGGUGAUGACGCUCGCGGAACCCAGCGCAGUGUUAUCGAGGUUUGCGGCAACGAGUACUUCUACCUUGGGAGAGACGCCGAGCUCUGUCGCUAUACGUGGUGCGACGAUCUUACCGUUUCUCGCCUGCAUCUGCGCAUCCACUGCGUUCUUUAUGAACAAGACCCCAUCUCUAACAUUGCACCCUUUGUAUAUGCGACUGACCUAUCAGCCAAUGGCACCUACUUGAAGAGGCGUGAUUCCGGGCCUGUUGCAUGCCAGGAUGAUGAGGUUCUCAUGGGUCGCAAUAACACCUUCCUUCUGGGUCAUGGGGACGAGCUCAACAUCUCUGAUACCAUUACACUGAUCUACUUGUCGAAAAGUCCCGUGCAAUCUGUUGACCUGACGCCUACCCAGGAAAUGGAAAUCCAGACGUUCAGCUCGCGAUAUCUUGUUACUGCUCGUAUGUUGGGUGAAGGCGGAUACGGUAAGGUACUCGUGGGCGUAGUUCGAGAGACCCAGAAACAACUCGCAUGCAAAGUUGUUCGACUAGAUAAACUUUCGGUGAACACGGUAGGCUCACCAACAGCCGAUCGAGACCAGCAUGCGCUCCAGCCAAGGGACCGAUGUUAUCGAGAGUUCAACAUUCUCAAAAGCCUUAGUCAUCCUAACAUCAUCGCCCUCGAAAAAGUGUUUUGCAGCCAUGACAACAUCUACAUGUUCCAGGAGCUCAUAACUAGCGGCGACUUGUUUUCCUUUCUUGAGUUUAAAGGCGGUCGUCUCGAUAGCACACAGGCGGCAGUUAUCGUUUUCCAAAUCUUGAAAGGGAUCGAGUAUUUACAUAAACUGGACAUUGUACAUCGAGACCUCAAACCUGACAAUAUUUUGAUGUCGUCACUUGAAGACACUGCUCCCAGGAAAUACCAACGCAUGUUCUCGCAUGUCGGUACUUUGGAAUAUGCAGCGCCGGAAAUUCAUCGCGCUAACCCAGCCAUUCCAGCGGCAAAUGGUUACUCGAAGAGUGUAGACUUGUGGUCUAUCGGAUCGCUCACAGCUACUAUCCUUUCAGGUGAUCACCUGUUUACCGAUCGCAAUCAUCCCGACUAUGAUAAGAAUCCACAAGGCGUCAUUGUGGGGCUCACAGCCAUCUGCGACUUAAGCGCUCUUGACGAUGACCGUCAUCCAUCAUGGAGGCUGAUCGGUCCCCACCCAAAGGAUUUCAUCAGGAAGCUGCUGGUACUGAAUGAAGAAAGCAGGAUGACGGCUACUGAGGCUCUGACGCAUUCUUGGUUUACAUCCCAAUCAGACAGCCUUGAAAAGCAGUACGCCUCCUCAAUUGUGGACUGGAGACCUCAAAACAAAGACCACCACCUUGUCGAAAACAUAAGCAAGCUCUCCAGUAGCAGAGGAAAUCUGAUUAAGUUGGAAGAGAGUUUGAAAGCGAUCCCGAAGAGCUACUUCCAACGUCCAAGUUUGAGACUUCAACUAUCGCUGCCCUUACUGAUCAAGCCUGCGCAUGAUUUGGUUCAUGUCAGUGACACACCUAUCGAAGAUCAGGUGCGACAUGGGGAAGGCAUUGAACGGAAAUGCGAAAGAAAUAUGAAGUUGUACCUAGACCACAUUACGGACCAGGCUUCACAGCAGCCGACGGAGCAGACACAAGAUUCGAUUCUAGUACCAGAAACACCCCCGGAAUUGCUCUUCAUGAACCCGCGCUUGUAA